AUGGCGAUAUACAUUGUUAAAGUCUCUACAGGUUCCUUUCUUGGAGUGGUGUCCUGGGACAACAUCUCAGUCAGUUUGGUGGGGACAGAAGGGGAAAGUCUUCCCCUGAAGCUGGGCAACUUUGGCAAAGAUUUCAACCAAGGGGUGGAGGAGGAUUUUGAAGUGAAGAUUCUCCAAGAUGUGGGUUCUGAAUUGCUGCUGCAAAUUCACAAUGCAUAUCCUGAGCAGCCCAAGUCCUCCUCUUUGAAUCCUGAUGCCUGGUUCUGCCAAGAGCUUCAGCUCAUUUCCCCUAAAAACCCUCCUCUCCAUUUUCCCUGUUACCAGUGGCUGGAAGGCACAGAGAGCCUGGUGAUUCGGGAUGGAGCAGCCAAAGUGAUCUGGGCUGAAUCUUCCCCAAUCCUCCUGGAGCAGCGCCAUUUGGAGCUCAAACGAAGACAACAGAAAUAUAGGUGGAAUGAGUAUUUCCCAGGGUUGCCUCACUGUCUGGAUGCCAAAAAUCUGAAGGAGCUAGAUCCAAAUCUUCGAUCCUCCACUAACAAGAAUGUGCUGUCCCCUCCUUCAGCUGGUCUUUCUUUCUGCAGACAAAUGGGACUGAAAAUGAAGAGGAUGCUGGACCGCAAAGGCCCCUGGGAGAGUAUGGAUGAAAUCUGUGAAAUCUUUGCAUUCUUGAAGUCAGAAGUUUCAGAGUAUGUAGCUGAAUAUUGGCAAGAUGAUGAGUUUUUUGCCUCCCAGUUCCUGAAUGGCCUCAACCCUGUCUUGAUUCAAUGCUGCCACAGCCUCCCAGACAACUUCCCUGUCACCAAUAACAUGGUAGCCCCACUGUUGGGACCAGGUACCAGCCUUCAGGAGGAACUAGAGAAGGGUUCUCUGUACCUGGUGAAUCAUAGCCUCCUCUCAGGUCUCUCCCCUGGACUGAUUGAUGGGAGACCCCAAUAUGUGGCUGCCCCAAUGACUCUGUUACACCAGAAGCCAGAUGGUGGGCCACUCCUGCCCAUUGCCAUCCAGCUCAACCAGACUCCAGGUCCCAACAACCCCAUCUUCUUACCAAGUGAUUCAGAGGAAGACUGGCUUCUCGCCAAGACCUGGGUCCGAAAUUCAGAGUUCCUCGUCCAUGAGAUGGUCACUCACCUGCUCUGUACUCACUUCAUUUCUGAGGUUUUUGCCAUAGCCACCAUGCGUCAGCUACCCAUGUGUCAUCCAGUCUUCAAGCUGCUCAUCCCUCAUUUCCACUUUACAUUUCACAUCAAUACUAUAGGACGCAUGGAUCUCUUUAAACCUGGGGGCCUCAUUGACAAGUCUACAGCUUUAGGACACGUUGGCUGUCUUGAACUGGUAGCCAGAGGGAUGAAAAUGCUCACCUACCGUUCCCUCUGCUUACCCCACAACUUGGCUGAUCGAGAGGUACAGGGUCUUGCCAAUUAUCACUAUAGAGAUGAUGGGCUGCAGAUCUGGGAUGCUGUGGAAAGAUUCGUCUCAAAUAUCAUUGACAUCUAUUACCCAGAGGACAGAUCUGUCUUCCAGGACUCAGAACUCCAGUCCUGGGUCCAGGAAAUCUUCGUGGAGGGCUUUUUGGGCCAAGAAUGCUCAGGUAUCCCCACUUGCCUGGAGACCCUGCAGGACCUGGUUCAGUUUCUCACUAUGAUUAUUUUCAACUCUUCUGCUCAGCAUGCUGCAGUCAACAGUGGACAGUUUGACUUCAGUGCCUGGGUACCCAACAUUCCCACCUCCAUGAGACUGCCUCCACCCAUAACUAAGGGCACUGCAGACUUUCUAGGAUCCCUCGGGGAUGUCUCCACAGCUUGCCAUGCCUUGAUACUCUUCUGGGGUGUCAGUGACCAGGACAGAGAUAUGAGGCUUCUGGGUACCUACCCAGAGGUGCACUUCACGGAGGAGGCCCCCAAACAAAGUAUAGCUGCCUUCCAGAGUCGCCUGGUCCAGAUCUCCCAAGAUAUCCAGGAACGGAAUAAGGGCCUAGACCUGCCUUACACCUACCUUGAUCCUCUCCAUAUAGAGAACAGUGUUGCUAUAUAACAGAACCCUCUCUCUAUUCCCACCCAAGAGAAAACAUCAGCUUGUCCAACAUCAUAAUAGUAUGAUGAGCUAGAAAACCAAGAAAUCCGGAUCCCUACUUCCAAUCUAAUUCUAGAGCCUUCAUAUUCCAGCCUUGGAUCCCAGAAUUUGAAACCCUUAUCACUUUUUUCUCUCUCACUCCUGUCUCCAGACUCUGUCUCCUCCACCCCUUCAAAGCAGGUCUAUGCCUUUUUGUUCUAAAGCCUCCAGAAAUGCCAGUGAUACUAGUAAAUGAUGUCAAGACCUAGCCCUGUCCC